AUGGUCAUCGAUUCUGGAAGAGAUGGCGUCGACUAUCAUGUCCCAACUCCCGAGGAACAGCCUAAGACUCGGCAAAUGCCUGUAACUCUGCUUUCGGGAUUCCUGGGAAGUGGCAAGACCACUCUCCUCAAGCAUAUUCUCAAGUCCCCGGACCACGGGCUGAGAGUCGCAGUCAUUGUCAAUGAUAUGAGCUCGCUGAACAUCGACGCUGCCCUCAUCAAAAACCACAAAGUCUCCCAGACAACCGAGAAACUCAUUCAGCUCCAAAACGGAUGUAUUUGCUGUACCCUCCGAGGGGACUUGCUCUCUGAGCUGGCAAGCUUGACCAAGCAGAAUGAAGUUGACUAUGUCAUUAUCGAGAGCACAGGCAUUAGUGAACCCAUGCAAGUCGCCGAGACUUUCACAGCUGAGUUCAGCUCUGCCAUGUUGGAGGCUGAGGGUCAAAUUGCAGCUGAAAACGAUGCCGACGCAAAGAAGAUCCUGAAUGAAAUUGUGGAACUGGGCGGCCUACACACCAUGGCCCGACUGGAUACAACAGUCACCGUCAUCGACGCAUUCAAUCUGCUAUCCAACUUCGACACAACAGAGUUCCUUUCUGAUAGAUACGGGAAAGACGAAAUUGUUCCCGAGGACGAACGCACAAUUUCCGAUCUCAUGGUUGAUCAAAUCGAAUUCGCCGAUGUGUUGAUUCUUAACAAGAUCGAGACAGUUGACCAAGCCACUCGGGACAAGAUCAUGCAGUUGCUGAAGUUGUUGAACCCAGAUGCAAAAAUCCUCGAGUCAAGUUACUCACAAGUGGAUGUUCGUCAGAUCAUCGAUACAAACAAGUUUGACUUUGUUCGCGCUGCGUCUGGUGCUGGAUGGCUUCGUAGUUUGCACGAGAUGACUGUUCAGAAAACCGGCAAUGGUGAUCGCAUGGCGCCCAAGCCAGAGACCUUAGAGUAUGGUAUAAACAACUUCGUCUACACGGCUCGUCGACCAUUCCAUCCCCGUCGCAUCUUCGCCCUUCUCCAUGACAAGUUUAUCAUUCUCCAGAACAACGAAGUCGAAGAAGAAGAUGACGAAAUGGAAGAAGGCGGAGACGAAGACGAAGAUGCAAUGGAAACAGACACCGAAUCAGUGGAAGACUUCGACCAACCAGACCCAAACGACAUCCUCAACAACAAGAGAGCACACCCAGCAUUUGGACCAGUCCUACGCUCCAAGGGCUUCUUCUGGCUAACCACUCGCCCAUGGCAAUUUGGCGAAUGGAGCCAAGCAGGCGGUAUGAUGACCGUCGGCUGUGGUGGACCUUGGUUCGCCGAAGUCCCUGAUGAAGCCUGGCCUGAAGAUCAAGAUGUGCGACAGUCCAUCAAGGAUGAUUUCCAAGGGCCUUGGGGUGAUCGGCGCCAGGAGCUUGUGUUUAUCGGUGAGGGGAUUGACAAGGUUAAGAUCAGUGCUUUGCUUGAUGAGUGUCUCCUUGACGAUAAGGACAUGAAGAAGUGGGAAAAGGUAAUGAAGAACAAGAAGCUGAGCAGAGAGGAGAAGAGCGAUAAGUUGGCUAAGAUGUGGGAAGAUGGUUGGGAGGAAUGGCCUGCUUUUGAGGUUGAGGAAGAAGAGGAGGAACAGGCGCAAGGGACGCACCGGGUCAGCGAGUAUCUCGGCCCUAAGCAUGACCAUAAACAUGCUCAUUCUCAUGGACAUAGCCGGAUGAUUGCAGCUUAA